AUGGCCGUUCUGGCAAGCAGAGGUCUAACGAAAGGUGAGGCUGAUGGAGAGCAAUGGCUGGCAGCACAGAACAGGGGACUGCGCUGUUGGGAGUGGCAGUCCCUGGGGAGCCGAGUGAUGGAGGGGUGGGACAGUCCCCUGGUUGAUCUGUUUUUCUCAAACCAGUAUCUUCAGAUCACAACUACUGUACCAUCCACUUCGGUGUAUGGGUUUGGUGAACAUGAGCAUCCAUCCUUCAAACACAGCAUGGACUUCGUUACCUAUGGCAUGUUCAGCAGGGAUCAGGCACCAACGUCAUUUGCCAACCUCUACGGAGUUCACCCUUUCUAUAUGUGUGUAGAAGCCGACUCCAAUGCCCAUGGUGUUCUCCUUCUGAACUCCAAUGCACAAGAUGUUACUCUGAGUCCAAACCCAUCCCUAACUUUCCGCACUAUUGGAGGGAUCCUUGACUUCUAUGUCUUCCUUGGACCAACUCCCGAAAACGUAAUUCAGCAAUACACGGAGGCCAUUGGACGCCCACACAUGCCUGCCUACUGGUCUCUGGGAUUUCAUCUCUCCCGAUGGGGUUACGGCAGCAUUGAUGUUUUAAAGAAAACUGUCGAUCGCAUGCACUACUAUGAUAUUCCAUAUGAUGUCCAACAUCUUGAUAUCGACUACAUGGAACGUCACCUGGACUUUACCUAUGAUAAAGUGAAUUACGCAGGUCUGCCAGAGUACCUCCAACAGCUGAAGAAGGAAGGAAUGCACAAUGUCGUCAUUCUGGAUCCUUUCAUAACUAAGGACGAAGAACCAGGCACUUACAGGCCUUAUGAUCUCGGAGAGGAAAUGGGAGUCUGGGUGAACAACUCCGAUGGUAUAACUCCUGCUGUUGGAAAGGCCUGGCCCCCUGGAGACUCGGUGUUUCCUGACUACACCAACCCCAGGACAGUUGAGUGGUGGACCCAGAUGUGUCUGGAGUUUAAGGAUGUCCUUGACUACGAUGGGAUCUGGAUUGAUAUGAAUGAACCGUCCAAUUUCUUAAGAGGCCAGUAUCCUGGAUGUGCUGUUAAUGAUAUCAAUAACCCUCCUUACGUUCCUAGCAUUUCUGAUCGUUCCCUGGCACAAAAGACAUUGUGUCCUGACUCCAAGACUUACCUUGGAGAGCAUUAUAACACACAUUCUCUCUUCGGCUGGUCACAGACAGCACCAACUUUCCAUGUUGCCCAGCAGGCAACUGGAAAACGAGCGUUUGUCUUGAGUCGGUCUACAUUCGUUGGCAGCGGGAAGCAUGGGGGUCACUGGCUGGGUGACAACUUCUCUCAGUGGAAGGACAUGCACCAGUCAAUCAUUGGAAUCCUGGAAUUCAACCUUUUUGGCAUCCCCUAUAUCGGUGCUGAUAUCUGUGGGUUUAACUAUAACACUACCUACGAACUCUGCUUGCGCUGGAUGCAGCUUGGCUCUUUCUAUCCAUUCUCCAGAAACCACAAUGCAGAGGGAAAUGCAUCCCUAGUUAUAAUGGUCAGUACAAAUCAAAGCUUUUCCUUAAUAGGAACAAGACCCAGCAGUGUUCGGAGAAGAGUUUGCCAAGAUAUCUCGCGCUACGCUUCGGAUCAGAUACUCACUGCUGCCAUACUUAUACACCUUGUUCUUCGAGUCUCACGUUCACGGAAACACGGUGGUGCGGUCACUGAUGCACGAGGUCAUAAACUGCCAAGUAGCUGGAACAAGAACUAUGCUACUGUGGCUGCCCCGUUGAGCAAGAUCCCUCUGUUCAUCCGUGGAGGCUACAUCCUGCCAGAACAGGCACCAGCCACGACCACUACUAAGAGCCGUCUGAACCCAUUUGGGCUCAUUAUCGCCCUGGAUGAACAAGGAGAAGCUUCUGGGUCUCUCUUCUGGGAUGAUGGCGAUUCAAUCGAUACCAUUGAAAAGGAGAACUACUUCUUGGCUAAAUAUACAUACAGCAAAGGAAACCUGAAAACAGAAAUACUUAAAAAUGGCUACCGAGGGGCUGACACUCUGAAGUACAACAAAAUUACGGUUCUUGGCCUGAAACUGAGGCCUCAUGCUAUUGCUCUGAAUGGAAGAGCCAUCCGUGGAGAUGCUUUCUCUUAUGAUCUGAGUGGGGUAAGAGUUGUGCUGAGCAAUUAUGAAAAACCUUAG